GAAAACAUGCUUGGACUUGCACAGCCCACGGUGUCUGUGGUACUAUCUGAGGUACUCGAUGCCCUGGAGAAUUUCAUUUGCCAAAGAUGGAUAAAAUUCAAUUAUACCGAGGCUGAAAUGCAACAAGCAAAAUCUCAUUUUUAUAGCAAUACCAGAUUUCCUGGGGUAAUCGGUUGUGUUGAUGGUACACACAUCAAAAUUGUGGCUCCCAAAAAGGAGUUGCAGCAUUUAUAUUACAACAGAAAAGGAUUCUUUAGCAUUAAUGCUAUGAUUGUUUGUGAUCAUAAAAUGAACAUACGGUAUAUAAAUGCAAAGAAUCCGGGGGCAACGCAUGAUUCAAUGAUUUUCAACAUGUCAGCAUUGAAAGCAUAUUUAGAACAGCAAGUCGAAAAUGGUCUUCGCAAUACUUGGCUACUUGGAGACGCUGGAUACGCUCUAAAAACAUAUUUGAUGACACCUUUUAGAAAUUCUGAAGAAGGAUCUCCAGAAAGCAGAAACAAUACACAACAUUCGAGAGCAAGAAAUAUAGUAGAGCGCACUAUUGGAGUGUUGAAAAAUAGAUUCAGAUGUUUGUUACAAGCAAGAGCUCUCCACUAUUCUCCAAAAAAGGCGACACAAAUUAUUAAUGUUUGUGCAGCUUUACACAACAUUUGCAUAUUUUAUAAAGUCGAAAUUUCUCCUGAAGAAUUUCCUAAUGAGGCAAACGACAGUCAUGGUGGAGUCAUUGAAGUUGAAUCUGAUAACGACUCGGACGCAGCAGCAAUUAGAAAUCGUAUAUCAAGAACGUUUUAG